AAAAAAAGAAGUCUACGAAUAGCCACUUCCUCUUUUAGGUUGCGCUUUGACAACUUGUAUUUACCUGGAUUGUUAGAAGAAUAUACUUUCCGUUAAAAUGGGUCGUAUGCACACUCCUGGAAAGGGUAUUGCACAGUCUGCAUUACCAUAUAGAAGAAGCGUUCCAACAUGGCUCAAAUUGACCGCGGAGGAUGUGAAAGAUCACAUCUUUAAGUUGGGCAAGAAGGGAUUGACUCCUUCCCAAAUAGGUAUCAUUUUGAGGGAUUCGCUCGGUGUCGCUCAAGUACGAUUUGUGACUGGUAAUAAAAUUUUACGCAUCAUGAAGGCAAUGGGUUUAGCUCCUGAUCUACCCGAGGAUUUGUAUUACUUAAUCAAAAAGGCAGUUGCAAUUCGUAAACAUUUAGAACGCAACAGGAAAGAUAAAGACAGCAAGUUCCGUUUAAUUUUGGUCGAAUCUCGUAUUCAUAGACUUGCGAGAUACUACAAGACCAAAAGUGUAUUAGCACCAAAUUGGAAGUACGAGUCGAGCACAGCGUCAGCGUUAGUUGCUUAACUUUUGUAAUGUAUGACAUACUUUAAUUCUUUAAUAAAAUCCAUAAAUUUAU